UUUUUUUCUGGGUGUUUCCCCCAGUGGAGAUAGUUCCUGCUCUCCCCUCUCGAGCACCCUUCCAGUCUAUGCUUUGAAUUUUCUUGGCCAUGGAUCCUUAUUUUGACAAUAUCUCGUCUUUCAAUCCGCAGCUUUACGAAAGCACCAAUAUUCCGCCUCCUACCGAUCGUAUGUUUGACUACAGUGGCUACGCCGCCGGUCUCAUUACUACCACCACUCCUUCGCAAUUUGACGCUGGACCUUCAGUUGAACCUCCUAUGAAUCGUGGCAAAGUUCCCCCUAUUCUACCAUCGUUUCAGGCCAUACCGUCCUCUACCACCACAUCCGUGCCAGAAUCCAACCGAUACUCCGGCAUGUACACCAGUACAGGAUUCGACAUGUUAUCGGUCCUUUCACGAGUCGUGAAUAGACCUAAUCCACAGAUUAACCUUGGGCCCAUCGAUUUGUCUUGUUCUUUUGUCGUCGUAGACGCUCGGCAAUACGAUUUUCCUAUUAUCUACGCUUCGCCCAUGUUUGAACGCUUGACGGGAUACGCACCUAGCGAAGUGGUGGGCCGCAACUGUCGAUUUCUUCAGGCACCAGAUGGAAGAGUCGUAAUCGGUUCUCGACGUAAAUACACCGACAAUACAACUGUGUAUCACAUCAAAAUGCAUAUGGUCCAGGGCAAAGAAUCACAAUCAAGCAUCAUUAAUUACCAGAAAACAGGGCAGCCAUUUGUAAACCUUCUUACCAUUAUUCCUAUCGCGGCUAAUUCGGACGAGAUUGAAUAUUUUGUUGGACUUCAAGCCGAUCUUGUCGAACAACCAAACACGGUUAUUCGCAGUAUGAAGGACGGCACCUAUGUCCUCAAUUAUCGCAAUAUAACUAUACCACAAACCAUUCGUGCAAAUGGCGACUUUGAACCGGACACAAAUGGCAAAGAUCCUGUUAAAGAAUGGAUUCGGCCACCGUCACCGAAGUCAACUAUAGCCACGGUUGACAAUGAAACACCAAUGAAUGUCGAGAGUCUCAUCAAAGAAGCCAAUACGGAUGAUGGACGAUUCCGACGUUGUUGGCAUGAGCUCUUGUUAGAUCAGAGUCCGGAUAUGAUCCAUGUAUUGACCAUCAAAGGCAUCUUCUUAUACGUGUCGAAAGCGACAGAAACCCUUCUGGGUUAUAAGCCUUCUGAACUGUUGGGCAAAUUGCUCAAAGACAUUUGUCAUCCGUCCGAUCUGACCACGGUCAUGAGGGAGCUUAAACAAGCGUCGAGUGAUUCCAUGGAUCCUGUCAAUCUGAUAUAUCGGGUAAGAAAGAAAAACUCGGACUAUAUGUGGAUUGAAUGCUCGGGAAAGUUACGCAACGAAGAUGGAAGAGGGCGAAAGUACGUCGUUCUUUCGGGUCGGGAACGCCCAAUGUACCAAUUACCGCGGCGUGUCCUGGGCCUGGGACAAAGACUGUAUCUCAGCAAUGAUACGUCGAGAAGGAGUGCUUACAGCCGAGGGGCAGAUGAUCACAUAUUUUGGAGUAAACUAAGUAUGGACGGGCUGCUAUUAUACACGAGUUGGGCAUGUGCCAAUAUUCUGGGGAUACCACCGAACGACAUCAUUGGCAUGUCGUUGUACCAGCUUAUGCGAAGUAACCGAACGACCGAUCUCACGCGUGCACUGGCCGAAGUGAAAGAAGGCAAAAUUGUUCACUUGCAACACAUCUUAUUAAAUCAUGCAGGCAUGGAAGUUAUGGUGGACUCGGUAUUCUAUCCGGACGGUGCAACCUCGGCCAGUGAUCGUCCAUCAUUUGUUCUGAUGCAAACCAAAGUCAUGGAUGCCGACACCACGAACGAUGCCAGUCCCGCGUUUGUUUCUAUAGAUCCCAAUACUGUCGAAGCCGACACAAAAGAAACCCUCGACGAUAGGGCCGACGAUUUAAAGCCUAGCUCCACUGGCUCCUAUGAUCAAAUGGUGGAGGAACUAAACAUUGCAAGGAACGCCAAUUGGCAAUACGAGUUACACCAACUGCGCAUCAAUAACAAACGGCUGCGUGAUGAACUCGGUCAAUUGAUCAAGAAACUGCGAGAGGAAGGAAAAGGGACCGAAAGUGAUCUCACUGUCUGUUCAUCAUGUUUCCGUCGACUUCCUGGAUUGAAGGAGUUGCCUAGCCAAUCAUCGCAGAAAUCUCUUUUAUGCAAUACAUGCACGCUGAAUACCAUAUCAUGAAAAAAUAACUUCGCAUUUAUCCUUUUUUUUCUUUUGUUCUACUAGCCUCGCAUAUCAUAAUCUGCUGCGUAUACUUGUUCAAUAUUAUAGUCAUUGAUUUUUUAUACAUAACAAGCUUUCUUUUGCUGAUCGAUUUUUUUUCAACAGAGAGACAUGUUCUUUUAUUUUUGUUUGUAUAGCUGUUCCCAAAUAAAAGUGCCGAGAAAAUGAA